UCGACAGGAACUGACGUCUCUUCGGUGCAAGUGGAUGGAAAAAAUGCAGCUGCAGGAAAAAUGGCUCCAAACACCGCACCGCUAAAAGGUGUUUAAAGAGUUGCCUCUCAACCUUUGAGCCACACUGACUUAAAAGCUGUCACACUCAUGGCACUUUCCAGUUGACAGAAUGGCCCAGAUAUCAAGUGGUAAUGGGUUCAAGGUGGAUGUUUCCCAGCCGAAGGGGGUUGUGGGUAAAGAGGAAGCCCUUCGCAUGGAGGAAGAGGCUUUAGCAAAAUUGCAAAGGGUUAAGAGACACACUCUUUCGUCUUCAGCACCCUCAUCUUCCUCAGCAGCAUCCUCGUCCUCCUCAAAACCAAAACCAUCUAUAUCUACCACUACUGCUCCUCUACCUUUAUCCUGUUCUAACAGACCUGAAAAAGACCUCAUUGUCUUCCCAGAGACCAAGAAGCAGGCAGAGCAGGACAAGUUCAGGGAUAUUGAUGUGGAGAAGCUGACCAAUGAGGAGCUUGAAAAGCUUCUACUGGAUGAAAACUUCGGGGUUAACAGCAAGGUCUCCCGCCCCUCAUCAUUACUUGGGUUUAACCUCAGUGCCUCCUACCCAGGAGGCCAUGCCUGUAGCUCCUCUCCUUUCCAGAGCAGCCAAUGGACGCCUGUUCUGUCCACCCCGUCUAACUCCAAUGUGUCCACUCCCACCCAUCAGCCUUCCCCAAUGUUCCCCUCUGCUCCAUACCCCAAACCAGGCACAUUUCAGAACGGCCUCACUCCAACCAUGUCACCCUUCAUGGCCUUGACGGCGCAGCAGCCAUCUUUCAUGACCUUCACUCCCAUCCAGCCUGCUGCUACCAUGGUCUUCCAACAGCCUGCAGUGGACCCAGAGAUGGCCAAACUGUUUGACAAGAUUGCCAGCACCUCAGAAUACUUGAAGAAUGGCAAAUCGGCCAGCACUGAACUGGAUUCCUCCCAAGCGGGCACUGCUUCUCUGGCACCCAACCCACCACCCCAGCAGCCAGCAGUGAUGGAAUCUUCUAGCAUCAGCCGUUUUGACUGGCUGGAUCUGGACCCGCUUACAAAGCGUAAGGCUGAGAAUGAGGAAGCAUCCCUGGCAUCAGGAGGCACUGUACAGACAGUACCUGUUGCAGGGGAUCCUUGGGAUGCAGUGCUUGAGACUGAAGGGAGCAGUAGUGGCGGCAGCCCCCCGCAGGAGGCGAAAGCGUCACUGACAGUUCGCACGCAGCACAGGAGAGCAUCAACAGGAGCAGCUGUCACAAGGAGCCACUCACUCAACAUCCCAGGGACCUCCUCCCAGCACAAACCAAACAAUCAGGACAAGGGAAAAGGAAAAGGUUUGGUGAAGAAUGCCGCCUUGGAAGAAGAGGACGCUCAAAACCUGGAGGUUGUUGCCUUCUGUGAAGACGUAGCAACUCUGCGCUCCAAAUUCUCUCAUGAUGACAUGUCCACCAACCCUGGCUACGUCCUGAGCCCUGUCAUUACCCAGAGAGACAGCGGGGGUGACAACAGCUGCUCAGUCAAGGUUUCUAUUGAAAUCUCAGAAUCUCAGCAGCCUGUAACCUUCACCUGUGAUGUGAGUUCUCCAGUGGAGCUGCUGAUCAGCCAGACUCUCUGCUGGGUCCACGAUGACCUGGACCAGGUCGACUUCUCUAGCUACCUGCUCAAAGUCUGUGGCCAGGAGGAGGUGCUGCAGAAUAAACACAGCCUAGGAAGCCAUGAGUACGUCCAGAACUGCAGGAAGUGGGAGAAUGAGAUCACAUUACAACUACUCUCUCACUCUACCAUGAGAAGAGACUUGGCACGCAGUGCGGAAGACGACAACUCUCUGAUAGAUUUAGAGAAGCACCUGGGCCAAGUGGAGAGGCCAUUCAAGGAGAAUAUCACCAGACAAGGCUUGGCUGAUUAUCUAGAAGGUUAUCACAAUCAAGUCAACAUCUGCCUACAAAACGAGAGUACCCAGUAUAAGACGGUGGACCGAGUGGUGCAGACUAUGAAGAACCUUUGCUGUGCUCUGGAUGAGGUGGAGACCCAAGCGAUUUCAGAGGCUGUCAAAAGGCUGCGACACUCUGUCAAUUUACCUAGGACACGAUCACCCAAGUUGGGGUCCACAUCAUCUGGUCAAUCAUCAAAUGGUAACACCACUCCUGUGGAGGAGGGCAUGGCCUUACUGACGCAGGCUGUCUAUGACCUGGCCAAGCUCUACCUGCGCUCCUUCUGCCCCCCAUCCACCUCCUUCAGCUCACCACCGCUGCCCCCAGCUGCAGAUGGGGAAGGCGUAGAGGGGAGUAGCAGCAAAGAAGCUUCUGGCACCACAGACCACCUUCAGUUCACUCUGUUCGCCUUGCACGGCAUCCCGGCCAACUGGGUCAGCAGUUAUGAGAAGUACUUCCUGAUGUGUUCCCUCACCCACAAUGGCAAGAACCUGUUUAAACCGGUCCAGUCCAAGAGAGUGGGCACAUACAGAAGCUUCUUCUACCACAUCAAAUGGGACGAGCUGAUCAACUUCCCCAUAGCCGUGGCUGUUCUCCCACUGGAGUCCAUACUGAGCCUGACUCUGUUCGGGGUGCUCAACCAGAAUGCGAGCGGCUCACCAGACUCCAACAAACAGAGGAAAGCUCCAGAGAUGCUGGGCAAAGUCUCUAUGCCGCUCUUUGACUUCAGACGGGUGCUUGCCAGGGGCAGCAGGUUGUUGUGUCUGUGGACAUCUGCCCAGGGAGCUGCUGCUGCUGUUGGAUCUACAGGCAGCCGCAAGAGGAUUCCCACUGAGAGAAUAGUACUACAGGUGGACUUUCCUAACUCCGCGUUGGAUGUUUUAUACGUGGGACCCAAGGAAGAGCCCAGCCCGGAGCCAGCUGUGGAGGAGCUGGACCCCGAUCUGCGACGCAAACUGGAGAAAAUCUGCAGCCGAGCUUCCAACUUUGGGCUAAAACGGGCAGAUCACCAGCUCCUAUGGGACCAUCGGCUCCACUGUCGGAAGGACCACCCCAGCAGCCUCCCCAAGGUGCUGGCCAGUGCGCCCAGCUGGGACUGGGCCAGCAUGGCUCACAUCCACUCCCUGUUGCACCACUGGCCCCCUCUGCCCCCCGUCACUGCGCUGGAGCUGCUUGACUCAAAGUUUGCAGAUACAGAAGUGAGAAGUGUGGCUGUUAGUUGGAUUGAGAAGAGCAGUGAUGAUGAGCUGGCUGACUACCUGCCUCAGCUAGUACAGGCUUUAAAGUUUGAGUGUCACCUAAAGAACGCCCUCGUCUUGUUCCUGCUAUCCAGAGCACAAGGCAACAUCAACAUCGCCCACUACCUCUACUGGCUGCUGAAGGACGCCGUGCAGGAUCCUGCCCAUGGACGACGUUAUGAGCGGGUGCUGGGUGCCCUGCUGUGUCUGUGUGGAGUCAAGCUCAGGGCAGAGCUGGAGAAACAGACUCACCUGGUCAUCCUGCUGGGAGCUGUGGCCGAGAGGGUCCGACAGGCCGGGGGUUCCACACGACAGGUGGCGUUGCAGGAGGGCCUUGAAAAUGUUCAGAACUUCUUCCAGAAGAACAGCUGCCGGCUUCCCCUCAGCCCCAGUCUGGUGGCCAAAGAGCUAAACGUCAAGGCCUGCUCCUUCUUCAACUCCAACGCAGUUCCCCUAAAGCUGACCCUGGUCAACGCCGACCCGCUGGGAGAAGAGAUCAAUGUUAUGUUUAAGGUUGGAGAGGACCUGAGGCAGGACAUGUUGGCUCUUCAGAUGAUUCGCAUCAUGGACCGCAUCUGGCUGCAGGAGGGGCUGGACCUCCGCAUUGUCAACUUCAAAUGCAUCUCCACCGGCAAGGACAAAGGCAUGGUGGAGCUGGUGCCAUCCUCCGACACCCUGAGAAAGAUCCAGGUGGAGUAUGGGGUCACUGGAUCCUUCAAGGACAAACCGCUGGCAGAGUGGCUCCGCAAGUACAACCCUGCUGAGGAUGAGUAUGAGAAGGCAUCAGAGAACUUCAUUUACUCAUGUGCAGGAUGCUGUGUGGCAACCUAUGUCCUGGGCAUCUGUGAUCGCCAUAAUGACAAUAUCAUGCUGCGCUCCACUGGUCACAUGUUCCACAUCGACUUUGGGAAAUUCCUGGGUCAUGCCCAGAUGUUUGGCAGCUUCAAAAGGGACCGUGCUCCAUUUGUUCUGACCUCUGACAUGGCAUACGUCAUCAACGGAGGCGAGCGGCCCACCAGCCGCUUCCAGCUGUUUGUAGACUUGUGCUGCCAGGCCUACAACCUCAUCCGCAAGCACUCUGGGCUUUUUCUCAACCUGUUAUCACUGAUGACGUCCUCAGGCCUCCCAGAGCUGACAGGCUCUCAGGAUCUAAAGUAUGUGUUUGAUGCCCUGCAGCCACACAACACAGAUGCUGAGGCAACCAUUUUCUUCACCAGGUUGAUCGAGUCCAGUCUUGGCAGCGUGGCCACCAAGUUCAACUUCUUCAUCCACAACCUCGCCCAGCUGCGAUUCUCUGGUUUGCCAGCCAACGACGAGCCUAUUUUGUCUUUCUCCCCCAAGACGUACACUCUAAAACAGGAGGGUCGCAUCCUCCACGCCUCCAUCUUCUCCUUCCAGAAGAGAUACAACCCCGACAAGCACUAUACGUAUGUGGUGAGACUCCUGAGGGAAGGCCAGAAUGAACCCCAGUUUGUCUUCCGCACUUUUGAUGAGUUUCAGGAGCUUCACAACAAACUCACCAUCCUCUUCCCCCUCUGGAAGCUGCCGAGUUUUCCUAACAAAAUGGUACUCGGUCGCACCCACAUCAAAGAAGUGGCUGCCAAGAGAAAGCUGGAGCUCAACAACUAUGUCCACAACCUGAUGAGGAGCUCUACAGAGGUCACCCAGUGUGACCUGAUCUACACCUUCUUUCACCCAAUCGCACGGGACGACAAGACAGAAGGCCUCAAUGCCACGCCCAAGGCACCAGAGCCUCCACUGAGUCCAACGUCUGGUCGGGUGGAAGGAGAGGUGAAGCUCUCUAUCUCCUACAGGAACAGCAACCUCUACAUCAUGGUUAUGCACAUCAGAGAUCUGGUUUCUGAAGAUGGAACAGAUCCCAACCCAUAUGUGAAAACCUACCUGCUUCCAGAUCCACACAAGACUUCCAAACGCAAGACAAAGAUCUCGAGGAAGACCAGGAACCCUACUUUCAAUGAGAUGUUGGUGUACAGUGGCUACAGCAAGGAGACGCUGGGCCUGCGGGAGCUUCAACUGAGCGUGCUCAGCGCCGAGUCACUGCGUGAGAACUACUUUCUGGGCGGCAUCACGCUCAGACUCAAAGACUUUGACCUCAGCAAGGAGACGGUCAAGUGGUACAAACUCACUGCCGUCCCCUACUUCUAACCCCCACCUGCCUCUCCCGAAGCCGGGAACAACUAUGCGUCUCAGAUAAAAGCUGCAUUCACAUCAUAUGGGAAAGGCGGCAGAUGCGGCCUUACUUGAAAAUACUGGUCAAUGCAGUUUUCAGUUCAUUAAAUUACUACUUCAGAACUUGAGGGUCUGGAGAUGGACCGAGGAUAUCAUCAGGUUUGAAGUGUAAGCAGUGAUAUUUUCAUUUCAAAUUGAACAAAGUAAAUUGGAUCAUUUCUUUGACACAAAUUAUGUUUUAAAAAGCACUCUUAAAGGUACAGUUCACCCCAAAAUCAAAAAAACAUAUGUUUUUCCUCUU